UUUGAUGGGACAGUGAAUCGCCGAACUGUUGCCCAAUGCACGGAAAUAGCCAACCUUGGAAGUCGGUUGACACACACGCCAAGCGACAAGUGCAACUCGAGGAGCACACGAGAAGUAGAUGAAGAGAAGGACUUACAAGAAAAGCAAUCUGAGCUGUUCCACUUUGGCUGGUGGAUGAGUGUCACGGUUGCCAGGCGCCAGAAAGGCGUGAGCAUAAGCCAUCGGGCCCUGAUUGACGGUGGGCAAGAGGGCGCCGGACAAGUGCAUGUCCAUCAGCAAUGGGAUGCCGCCUGCGACAAGCGCCUCUCGAGCCGUUCCAGACCUGGACACAGAGCCGGAUUGGCUGACCUCCAUGCGGUAGCCACUGCGAGUGCUGCCAUGGCGACUGCCGGUGGCCCGUAG